GUGUGCGUAGUCAGUUACUCUAUGCGUCGUGUGCUUGGUCGACGUGUGCUCCCAUAGCCUAAUAAACGUUACACACCUUAUUUGCAGGCUGAGAUCAUGGAGUGGCAGACAAGGAAGUCAUUUAACGACAUGUGGAAGAUUAUUUUUGCCACUAAGCGACGUGGUAACAAGAAGAGUUUAAGCCGUGGUGAAUAUCAGGACCGGAUUGCAAUAGUUCGGCAACUGAAAGAGCAUCUGAAAACAGGCAGAGGGACCGUAUCGGCGAGGAAUCUGCGAUUACUUCACAAGUUUAACGUUAUAAUGAAGGGUGGUAGCGAAUGGUUGGUAAAGCCAUCGCCGUUGGUAGACUCGGACAAACUCCGCUUGUACGUGUCUAAUGAUGAACUGUUCGACGUGCUGCACGAGGCGCAUCUGGAGACCAAUCACGGUACUGAGGAUCAAAUGAUUCACAGAAUUCGAUUGCGGUACUGCAACGUGACGAGGGAGGCGGUGUCCACUUACCUGGCACAGUGUCCGUACUGCCGCAACCCGAGAGGGGAGGACGCGGUGAGAGCGAUAUCUCCGAAGGCACCGAUGGUGGUGGUGCCAAUGCCGGUACAGGUAUCGCCGGUAUCGGCGGUACAGAUGUGUCCGUCAUCUCAGUUUUCUGAAUAUGGUUCAUCGGUCUACUUCGGAUUCAUCGACAUGCGUCCAUGGACCCGUGAUGGCUACUCAUAUAUCAUGGUCCACUGGGACAUCAAGAGCAAAUUUAUGCACAUAAUGCCGCUCCAGAGCGUACACCAUGUGAACGUGGCGGUCAGUUUGAUGGAUAUUUAUGCGACGUUUGGCAUGCCACAUUUUAUCGACGCACCAUACUGUGUGCAAUAUAUCAAAGCGAUAAUCAAUCACAUAAAAGUAGUAUGGAGGAAUGAGGUGUUCAUCAAACACAGGGCUUCAGAUGAUGUGAACGAUAUAACCAGUGGCUGGCAUAAUGUACAGGACUUAUUGAAGCCAUGGUUGACAAGAGAAAAAGUUAAGCGCAACUGGCCGUCGGAAGUCAAGUACAUUCAAUUUGCGAUUAACAAUCAGACAUUUUCAGGAUGCUCCUCGUCACUUUAUACCAGACUGCCUUCGGAUAUCAAUCCGUCGGUGUGAUUGAUCGUUUGAUGUAAAUUCCAUCAGAAAAGGCGGCAGCAGCGGACGAGGGCCACUGGAAUGAUUGCACUACGGCGACGUUCUCGUUCUCCUGUUAAAAGUACAACUGCUGGCCGACACAUCUUCCACAUAAAUUGUGUUCACUUUUUUUAAUAUUUCACUAGAUUAUACACUGUCUUCAACAAACCGGUAAUUUUAUUAGCAUCAUAGUAUAUCCCUUUAACACGUUUAAUGUACACAUAUAAAAGAUACAACAUAGUAUAUAUAGGUACAUGUAAUAUGCUACUGUGAUUGACAGUUUGAAGUUUAAAUUCUCCCAGAUUUAUUUGCGGCUUUAAAAGCAAUUAACAAUCUGGUACAUAAUGGUUAGGUUACUCGUGUGACGCUUAAGUUAUAAUUAACUAGUAUACUUAUUACAAUGUCGGUAUAUCCUUGUAUUCAGGCAAAAUGGCUCAGAACAAAUAAGUUUUUUUACUGUUAUUGAGAUUAAAGUUUAUUAUAAUAUGUAUAUGAUAAAUAGAUCUUUAAACUUAAAUCUUAAAAAAAAU